AUGGCACCGCUUAAACUCUCGAUACCCAAUGCGCACACCAAAACACCCGAAAGCGGUAAGCCCUACACAGAAUACACAGUCAAAAUCGACCACCCUUUCCCGCGCGCAACUUCCUCCGUCUCGAAACGCUACACCGACUUCUCCAACCUCGACUCCGCCCUGCGCUCCGCGGUCGCUGCGCCGCCGGCUCCUCUCCCGCCCAAAUCAUGGGGUUUCUUCGGCCUAGGCAGCUCCUUGGGAUCGCCCGAACAGGUCGAGAAGCGGCGGCAGGGGCUGGAGGAAUACUUGCGCGCGAUUGAAAACAGCGAAGAUGGGCGAUGGCGGGCGAGCAAAGCAUACAGGGAUUUCUUAGAACUCGACGACAAGGAAGGGAAGCGUCCGGCAUCGUUUCCUGGGAGUCAAUUUGGGAAGGACAGGGUGAGGGACAGCUCGGAUUGGCUCGACAAGCACGCUGAAGUCAAGUCGAGUCUACAGGACGCGCGGAGGUGGCUCACAGCACGAGAGCAGGCGACGGCAGCAAGCGCUCAGCACGAUGCAGCUGCAAAUGCGAAGCGCUCCCUGCUGCGUGCCGGCUCCUUGCUUUCGGCACUGGAGGAAGGGUUGAGGCGGUUGAGCGGGACAAGCGGCGACGAGUGGAGCGGGGACAAGUUGGGCGAUGGCGAGGUGCGUCGCCGCAAAGACAUGAUCAGCUCGAGCCGCAAGGAGCGCGACGGCCUGGAGUCUGUCCUCAACACCAUGGCCGCCAAAGCCGCCUUGAGCGGGAGCGGCACCCUCAGCACGCCCUCGACAUCUUCUGCCGCCGUUACCGCCGAGCAAAAAGCUGGUCUCUUCAAGGGCGCCUCCAAACCCUCUGGCCGGCGUGUGCUGGGCGGCGCACCUGUUGAGACGGAGCGCACGCGCGAACUCGACAACGAAGGUGUCCUGCAGCUACAGAAGCAAAUCAUGCAGGAGCAAGAUGAAGACCUAGUCGAUCUCACGACCGUGGUGAAAAGAAUGAGGCAAAUGGGCGUCGCCAUCAACGAGGAGAUUGUGGAGCAGAACGUCCAAUUGGGCCUGCUGGAAGAGGAUGUGGAGAGGGUGGAUGGAAAGAUUCGGAUUGCGAAGAAGAGGGUUGAUAAGAUCAGAUGA